GAGAUAGCCUAAGGUUAAUUCCCUAUUGUCCACGGCAGAUCCUGAUGCAUGACAACUUUCACACACUAUACAAAUCCACGAAGUAGCAUCUUACCCGAUUUCCCCCGGACCCAGUGCGUUUGGAGAGCGUAACGUUCUAGGAUUGGGCGGGGAGAAAACGCGCACAGAUUUACCUGUAAAACUACGCCUGUAAAGUCAGAUUUGAUUGCCGCGGAUCACAUCGAAUACCUUUGAGAAAUUGUCUUGAUAACAGUUUCGUGGCAUAACUUUAGUCAUAUACUUUACGAACGUAAUCAUGAAGAAAUCUGGAUAUUCAGGCAUUGCCAGGUCCACCAGUGGAAGGUUGAGGAGGACAGACAGAGAAGGCUCUUCUUCUAUCACAAGUCCCACACUCAAGAGGUCGUUUGAGGUGGAGGAGUCCGAUGCAUCCAUCAACCCCUCCCCACUGUCUCGCCGGACCAACCUCCGUUCCUCCACCUCGUCCUCCAACUCCAGCCAGCGAAGCUUCCACGACCUGGGCUCGUCCCGCAACUCUGACUACCCCUCCCGAACCUCACCUUCCGAAUCCUCCAAUCCCCGCUCCCCCAAGUCAAGCUUGAGACGCAUGGAGCUGCCUGGGGGAGGUGUAGGAGGUCGUACCACAGAUACAGCCUCCUCCCGUCGCACCGAAAUCUCCAUUGAAGUAUCAUCCAAGCAGAUUGACAGCUCACCCAGCCCUGGUAUUGCCCGCUUCGGCCUGAAGAGAGCUGAUGCCCUAAGUUCCCGAGCCGGAGCCGCCCCAGACAGCCCCACCACCUCCGUUUUGACAAACAGACGGGCAGAGAUCUCCCUCUCCAGGUCCCACGAGCCACCCACGCUCCCCAGGAGAGUGGACUCCGUGCCCACACCAACCACCCGGAUCCCUGACCCCCCUCAAAGGAGGACCGAGCCCUCCGUGCCUAGCCCCGUCGAGGCACCCACUUUGAGGAGACCAGAGAUGCCCGUCUUCAGACAGCCAGAGAUUGGGGCACCAACUCCGGUCGGUGUGGUGGAAAACAACGCCCACCACGCGCCGCCCGUCGCCCAUCUGACCAGUCGGGUGGAACCCAGGAGCGAGAGGACACAGCCCCCGGUCAGCGAGUUGCCCGUCAUCAGACCCACAGAGAGAAGCGACGUCAUUCCCAACUACAGCAGUAGAGCCAUGUCUGAAAUGGCCGUACCAGAUAUGAUGGUGCCACCCCCAGCAUUUCCUGCAGCAGGCCAGGUGGAGAAGCCUCUGCCAGGUCCUGGCAUGGUGGACUUCAGCUACGUGGGCAUUGAUGCCAUCCUGGAACAAAUGCGGAGGAAGGCCAUGAAGCAGGGCUUUGAGUUCAACAUUAUGGUUGUAGGGCAGAGCGGCCUAGGGAAGUCGACUCUGAUGAACACCUUGUUCAAGUCCAAGGUGAGCCGUAAGUCCGUUCUGGCCACGGCCCAGGAGAAGAUCCCCAAGACCAUCGAGAUCAUGUCCGUCAGCCACGAUAUUGAGGAGAAGGGGGUGAGGAUGAAGCUGACUGUUAUCGACACACCUGGCUUUGGGGAUCAAAUCAACAACGAGAACUGUUGGCAGCCUAUCAUGAAGUUCAUUAAUGACCAGUAUGAACAGUAUCUUCAGGAGGAGAUCAACAUCAACAGGAAGAAGAGGAUCCCAGACUCAAGGGUCCACUGUUGUAUAUACUUCAUACCACCCACAGGACACUGCCUGCGGCCUCUGGAUGUGGAGUUUAUGAGGCGUCUCAGUAAAGUGGUCAACAUAGUUCCUGUCAUUGCCAAGGCUGACACAUUAACCUUGGAUGAGAGGGACUUUUUCAAAAAGAAGAUCAGGGAAGAGCUGCGGGCCAAUGGGAUUGACGUGUACCCCCAGAAAGAGUUUGAUGAAGACGCGGAGGACCGGAUGAUCAAUGAGAAAAUCAGGGAGAUGAUCCCAUUUGCUGUGGUGGGCAGCGACCAGGAGUAUCAGGUCAAUGGCAGGAGGCUUCUGGGAAGGAAAACCAAGUGGGGAACCAUAGAAGUGGAGAACAUUGCCCAUUGUGAGUUUGCCUAUUUGAGGGAUCUGCUCAUUAGGACCCACAUGCAAAACAUCAAGGACAUCACCAGCAGCAUUCACUAUGAGGUGUACCGUGUCCGCCGCCUCAACGAGAACAACACCGCUGUCUCCCACGCCAACGGCCUCCCCGAACACCAUAUGACUUCCCAUGAGAUGUAGAGACCCACCCGUCCCUUCCCAUGAGCCCUCACUCCCCCUCAGAUACCAAACCAUCCCCCCUGUUCCUUCAUAUCUCCACCCUCUGCUCACUCUCAAUGCCAAACCUUUGUUUUUACCCUGGUGGGGGACUAACUGGGAGAUGGGGUUUGUGGUGUCAGCACCGUCAAGUGGCCAAAUAUUGACAUGGAAUGGACUGUUAGUGCCAAUGCAUUGCCCCUUAAUGAUAAUCGGAUCUCUGAAUAAGGGCGGUGAAUGCUAGCCUGGUUGAAAUGGCCGGAAAGCUACGUUCACUAGCAUUCAGUCCGGUUUCAAUAGAUUAAGGAAACACUAUUAAUGUACUGAAACCUCUUACUUUGCAACUCCAACCUCUUCUGCGCCUUAAUCUUUGUGUUUUCAGUUAUUCUGUUGUUCCUUUGGUCCCUCUUCUGUCAAGUCAGUUAACCAAAUCCACUAUGAUAGGACACCAAUUGAAUACAAGCUGUUUCAGAAGUGCUCUCAAACCUUUGCUGGGUUUAAACAUUUUGCCUACUUCCUCUCAUCAGUGUCAAUAGAUCUCCCGUACUACAUUCAACAUUCAAACUUGAAGGCUCCGCAAUGUCUUUUUUCUGUUUUCAUUGUUAGGGAGUAGUACUGGCCUGAGUGCUGGAGUAGUGCUGAUUAGUGAUCGGUGUUGACUUUUUAGAUGAAUGAAAAAGGUUUCAUUGCGAGAGGUUACAUUUCUUCUCUCCACUUCACCUGGCCGGGAAAAUCUCUUGAGCCUUGUAGUACACUGUGUAUUAGGGAGUCGAAGUUGUAGGCCUUAACUAGGGCCCUGAGUUUUAGCUGUUAAGGUCUUGUGGUCAGGAAGACAACUGGCCCUAAGUAUUUGUAUGAUGCAGAGGUGGGGGUACAAGCCACUGAUUGGCCCAGCAGGACACACUCCAGUCCUCUGGGUGGUUGCUACAGUGAUCCUACAGAGGUAUAGGUUCCACAUGCCCUCUGACUUUUUAAAUCUACAUAAUUGAUGUGAUUUCUUUUUAUAUAUAUACAAAUAUGUUUCAAGAGUGAUUUGAAAUAAAUAGUAUUUUUGCACAUUAGAAAGAUAAGAGUAAAACUACCCAUUCGUCCAUACACAAUUCCCCAAGCCAAGUGCAUUCAGUUCCCUUUUUCUCGUCCAGGUUGAGGAUUUUGGUAGAACCCCCGGCCCUCAUUAUGUGUCAUGUUUCUGUGCCUUGGCAUACACUAUUUCCUUAUUUAUUGGAGAAUGUCUGCUAGCCGGUGGUUUUAAACUAGAAAGAAAACAGUGAUGAUUAGGGCCAGGGAUUUUUCCUGAUCAUGUGACUAGGAAAAACUCCUUGCCUCCGUCAUUUAAUAACCAGGGAGUACUUCCUGGUCAGGACAACACAUGGUCCUAG